AUGCUUGUUGAACACAGAUUGGUCCAUUUGAACCCGAACAAUCUACAUCAAACCUCACUUCUGUUGACUGAAGAGUUUUAUCGUCAGUCAAAGUUUUCAAGCUGCAAUCCUGGUGCUUUAGUGUUGCGUAUGGAAGGUAAUCAAUGCAACCGUACUUUCAAACCGUAUUUAGUUUACACAGGUUAUUCAGGUCAUUCAUCGGAUUCAGUUAACCAUCGCGCCAAAAGAAUGGGUGCUGCCAGGGGACGUUCGGAGUCUGGCUUUCCUUCGGCCAACCACCACAGACCUCAGAAGAAUGCUAUCCGUGUUUGCGGAGAUUGGUCGGAGCAGCUUAGUUCAAAGGGCAAAAUUUACUUCUAUAACUGUAUCACAGAGGUAUCACAGUGGCAAAAACCUCCAGAAUGGAAGCUGCCGGAUAUGGACCAGGAUGAACUUUUGAGGCUCCUCGGAUCCCGGGAACAGGGAGAUGGCAAAAAUUUGAAACGACCGCGCGUCUCUGCUUCUGCCAGCACGAACAGUAAGGAGGAGGGUUAUGAUGUGCGGGUAUCCCCUAAACGAAGUAAAUAUUUAACUGACGUCCGUCCUAAGAGCCAAACCGCUGCCCGGAAAGUGUCCCCUAAUUCUUUACCGGACGCAGCUCAUUGCGCGUCAGAUAUAACGGACAGAGCCAGUAGCCAACGACCCCACUCGAACCCGCGCUUAAGCCCAAGAAGAAACCCAGAUGACCGCAGGGUAUGUCCUACACUUCCUAAUCGAAGACACGCUCCGUCUAAUGGCCCGCUUCGGUUACAUCCAAAUGAUGACAUGGACAUUUCUCCAAACAGUUCGCCCAUGUCCGGCUGCAGUGGUUCCUCGCGCUCCGCACUGAACAACCAGUCUCCGCAUUUCUCGAAAUGCGGUAGAGUGGAUUAUGGACGCAGUCACGCUCCAAGGGCUGUUUAUGAUCCUUUGAGGACACGAGGCUUGGAGGUCUACAGCAGUAACUCCACGCACUCGGGUUGCCCUGUGGGGCGUAAGCAGACACGACAAAAGGAUAUCUGUCAACUUCGCGGUUGUGAGACUCCUUCUCGGACGUUGUCGGAGGCGACUGUCAACAGGUAUCCAAUAAAGAAAGGACUUAGGGUGAUUCCGACCGCUGCACAUCCCGCCGCAGCAGCCGCUGGAUCUUCAGAGGCCUUACUUCUGCACGUUUUUCUUGCAGAGAAACCUCCCGCUGGAUCGUUGCGCCACCUGGUUGAUGCUAUUCGGGCCUCUAUUGGUGGCUUAUUAAGUCAUUCACCGACCUCUUCCACAAGGGCGGCGGAGCGCGAAUCUCCCGGUACCGAUCGCGUAGACUACGUUUCCCGGCCAGCCUACCCCGGCACCCGUGAACUGCUCUAUCCACAAGAUAGUCGGCACCCUCCUUCUCCUCAUGGUUCUGUUGACAGGCAGAAACGCGAUCGCCAAUUUUGGUCACCUAAGCGGAUCGUGAACGAUUCAUCCUCAUCUUUCGGUUCACAAACAGAAGAGAAUCGAACCUGUCCUCGACCCGAUGGUCCUUCUCAUCUGUUAUCCGAUCCUUCACAAGAGCAGCACCGAUUAGGUAUCCAGAACAAGGGACGGCUGGCCCCCGAACACCUCCCCCUUGAGAGGGCUGUCCAACCGACUGCUGCUUUGGACUCCACUGUGAUGACUCACGGAGGUUCUGUCGCACGUCGGUCCGUCCCUGGGGCUGCCAGCAUGCUGAUCUGGAAUCCGGUACCCUCCACUUGGGAGCCCGACAACUUGGGAAACGAACUCCAGAGGCGACUGUCAACAGGUUUCCAUUCAAGCAGAAAUGCUUCUGCUCAGUUGCUCGGCACGAUGCCCACCGCAAUUGCAGCAGCCUCCGGUUCAUCAGAGAUGCGUGAGCGGAACACGAAAGAGGGGACAGACGUUCCUGGGUUGGUUUCAACGCUUACAACCCUCGUCAGUUUAAUCGGCAGCGCAAAGUACCACGGUAUUCCCUCCUCUCAAGUCCAGAAUACGCCCACAUCAACCUCCGUCCUUUCAACCUCACUUCCUCUGCAGCGGACACCUACUUCAUAUCACGUCCCUACACCGCAACGUCGCUAUCCCACAGUAUCCCCUGUGAUGCCAAGUCCUUUGACCCCUUCCAUGCAAACAAGCACAAGCAGUAGUGGAGGUAGUUGUGCUAGCACUCUUGCACAAUCGUUGCUGAAGAGUAAUCUGCCACCUCAACAAAUGGACGACUUGCUAUCCAGCUUGGAAAGCUUUGCACACCAGGCCAGAUACAGGUCAUCGAAGCCCCCUACCAUCGAGUAUUACCAACCUUCACGGUCACAACCGCGUACUGACGAGCGGUACGAUCCUGUGGUAGUCCAUACUGAUUACUCCGAUCGCAGUAGCGAUUCACCCAAUGUUUCUACUCAGAGCUACCGCGGAAUUGUCCCACGUCCGAAUCAGCUAGACGACGUGUCUAAUUGUUCCACUUGUCCCACAGAAAACCGUCCGUCCUUACACUCACCGUCAGAAUCCGGCUGCCAUCGGAGGUUUUCCGAUUCCGUUCACGAUGAUGGAUCUUGCCAAGCCGCUGCCAAACCGGACUGUAUGCAGGAUCUACCACCGAACCGUGAUACCCUUCACUCCCCCACUGCGACCACCCCAAAUUUGCUCCCUGGUUCUUCCCUUUGUGCGUCUACCUCAGGAGCAACUGGACUCGGGGGCGCGGCACUUAACCGAUCUAAUGAUCUACAGUCUUCCUCUCCUGAUGAGCAACCCCCAGACGACGAGUGCCUGUCAAAGAUCACCAGAAUCCUUGGCAGCCCCACUACUCAGUCGUUUGUCGAUCCCGCCUCUGUAACCAAGUUCACCGACAAGGCUGUCGAGCGACUGGAACAAGAGGCUCUCGUGGAGUCCCGGAAGUUCGAAAAACUUCAAAGCGUUCUAUAUGGCGAGCUUUCAGCUGAGUCCAAGAAGUUGCGAGCUCUUGUCCGUAUAAGCGAAGCGAAGUUGGCCAUUCAUCGAGAAAAGCAUCUGGAAAUCAAUCUUCAAGCCUCGACGCUCCGUCUAUCUGGUUGCCUUCAAUGUCCGCAUUCUGUAGCACACAGGACAACAUCUGCUUUCGCUCUUACACUGGAUUCGCUUGGUAUUAGUGUGUGCUGUGUAUCAGAAACAAGAAUUCGAGAUGCAGUCAUGGUUCUUGAACCAAUCGCCCCAUCACUCUCCGCUCGUUCCAGUCUGCGCGCCUCUGUCGGUAUUGAGGCUUCUGCGGUGGGGCAUGCAGGUGUUGGUAUCGCCCUAAGUCACCGGGCGGAUACUCGUUGA